AUGGCCGAAACUACAGACAACGUUCCAGCUAAUUCUACCGAUGAUUCCCUGGCUUCUCUACGGUCGAGUAUCCUCGACUAUCGGAGGGAAAAUGGACGCACGUAUCACAGAGUCAGUGAUGGGAUCAAGGGCGCCAAGCGAGUCCUGGACGUUGGAACCGGGACGGGCAUCUGGGCCCUCGAUUAUGCGGACGCUCACCCCGAAGCAAGCGUUAUCGGUGUUGAUUUGAGCCCUAUUCAACCCGUCUACGUUCCGCCCAAUUGCCGCUUCGAAAUCGAUGAUCUCGAGAAGGAAUGGACUUGGACAGAGCUAUUCGACUUCAUAUUCAUCAGAUCAAUGGUUGGAAGUUUCAAAAGCUGGCCCGACGCUAUCAAGCAAGCCUACGACAACUUGGAACCAGGAGGGUAUCUUGAGAUCCAAGACAAUGAGUUUCCCAUCUUCUGUGAUGAUGGUUCCAUGCCCGCAGAUUCCCAAGUCUUGAGGUGGACCCAGCUCAUUGUCGAGGCCACGGACAUCGUGGGUAAAUCAAUGGCUGUUGCACCCACCUUCAAGCAGUUGCUCGAGGAUGCCGGGUUUGAAGAUGUUCAGGGACGCCAAGAGAAAUGGCCCAUUAGCCCAUGGCAGCAGAAGGAUCCGAAACAGAGGGAGUUGGGAAUCUGCUCCCGAGCCGGUACCAUGGAAGGCCUUGAGCCGAUUUGCAUGGCCUUGUUCACGCGCGUGCUUGGCUGGACUCGAGAAGAGGUCUUCGUAUUCUGCGCUGGGGUUAGGGAUGAAUUGAAACAGCAGAAAGUCCACGGCUACUUCAAUGCAUAUGCUGCUUGGGGCCGGAAGCCCGAGAAGAAGGAGGGGGAGGAGGAGGCUAGCUAUCACGUUCCCAACGACGAGGUCUUGGGUGUUGACCUGAGCCCUAUACAGCCUGAAUUGAAUCUUGAACCCGGUGGAUACCUGGAAAUGCAGGAUAAUGGCUUCCCUUUGCUUUGUACCGACGGGACUAUGCCAGAUGAUUCAUUGAUAUACAAGUGGUCUCAGUUGCUCGUUGAAAGCACCGGAUUGAUUGGACAGCCACUUGAUGACGCCCCGAAAUUCAAGCAGAUGCUCGAGGACGCUGGGUUCGAAGACGUGCAUGAGAGGAAGGAGAUAUGGCCGAUUGGGCCGUGGCCCGAAGAGGGCACCAAAGAACAUGAAUUGGGCAUGUGGUGCCAGUCUAUCACUAUGGAAAGCCUGGAAGCCCUCUCGCUUGCUCUAUUUACUCGCGUUCUGGGAUGGUCGCGGGCGCGGACGUUGGUGUUCUGCGCUGGAGCUCGAGAGGAGUUGAAGCAGCAAAACAUCCACGCCUAUUUCGAUGUUUCCUUGCUCGACAUUGAACCCGAGAUCGACGAUGGUGCAUCCUCCAUCGAUGGGUCGCGAGAGCAAGACAGACUUGGUAAGCAAGCCGAACGCCGCGUGGGCCUGUUGAGUCAAGCUCAUCUGUUGCCAGAUCUCACCCAUAACCUGUGGCUACUUACAUGGGAUAACAAACUUUGCAACUGCCCCAAGAACGCUGGUGCCAAGCGAGUGCUAGACAUCGGUACUGGGACUGGCGUCUGGGCCCUAGACUAUGUCGUUGACUUUCCCCAGGUGCUUGGUGUUGACCUUAGCCCGAUUCAACCCGGCUUCGUACCUCCAAAUUGCUCAUUUGAGGUUGACGAUGUCGAGAAAGAGUGGCUCUGGUCGGAGCCGUUUGACCUCAUCUUUGUCAGAAACAUGAUUGCGAGCUUUUCUGAUUGGCCGGGAAUGAUCGCCAAGGCCUAUGAGCGUCUCGAGCCAGGCGGUUAUCUUGAGCUCCAAGACAACAUGUUUCCACUCAUGUGCCGAGACGACACGAUGACGGACGACUUCAAGCCCUUCGAGUGGACGAAGUUGGUCAUGGAGGCAGCUGCAACGAUGGGUCGUCCGGUCAACGUCGCUGCCAGCUUCAAGCAGAUGUUGGAGGACGCAGGCUUUGUCGAUGUCGAGGAGAAGAAGGCCAUCUGGCCUUACAACCCCUGGCCUAAGGACUCGAAGCUCAAGGAGUUAGGCUUGUGGGCUCAAGCAUCUGCCGGCUCGGGAAUUGAAGCAGCCUCUAUGGCUCUCUUCACUCGCGUCCUGAACUGGACUAAGGAGGAGGCGACGGUCUUCAUUGCUGAGGUGAGGAACGAACACAAAAAGAUUGGAGUUCAUGCAUACUACGACGUGUAUGCUGCUUGGGGUCGGAAGCCAGAGAAAAAGGAUGAGGAAGCUGUAGUGCCUUCUUAA